AUGAGUUCCCGGAGCAGCGGGAAGGAGGGCGACAGUGGAUGCGGAGUAGGCAUGAAGGUCGCCGCAGCCUCAUGGGACAUAGCCGGGGUGCGCAUUACGCCGCCCGAGCUGCGCUUCGUGGACGCGGUGCCCGGAGCUCGCUAUCGGGCGCUGUUGAGCAUCCAGAACCUGCGGACUCACAGCUGCGUCCUUUAUUUGCUGUCUCCGGAACGGCCUCAGUUCAAAUUAAUUGUGGAUAAUCCAAAGAACCCGGUUGCUUCUGGACUUCACAUAACAGCCACUGUGGAAUAUCAUCCUGAUAGUGAGACAGACCUUCAGGAUAGGCUACUCCUUCAUGUAGGAAAAAAUAUAAUUGAGAUUCCUCUAAUAGGUUUAAUCCCAUGUUGCUGCCUAGAAAUUGAACCUGAGAUAGAUUUUGGCACAGUGACUGCAAAUAGCAAAGUAAUUAGUCGAGAGUUUAAAAUUACUAACUAUGGAUCAUCUCCAGGUACAUUUGGUAUAAAAUAUAGAGGGAGUGCCCCCAUUUUUAUAUUGCCAACCAGUGGGGUGGUGGAACCCCAAACAGUACAGCUGAUUAAAAUGGAGAUCUGUACAGAUGUACCCCGAACAAUUCAUCAACCAGCCAUUGUGAAACUGCAAGGACGGCCCAGUGCUAAGAUAAUCAUCAAAGCCAAUAUAGUGGAGCAAAUUCUUGAGCUUUUGGGCACACCUCAGUCGAACACAAUAAAAUGUGUUAAUUUUGGAUGUGUAUAUUUUGGAACCUCCAAGACUGAAGAGGUUAUUCUUCAUAAUAAAAGCCCAGAGCCUAUGGACUGGGUGGCAAUCUUGCAGGACAAUGCUAUUGGUGGAGAGAUGGGUGCAGAUAUUCAGAAGAGUACAGAUGCUGUUUUAAAAGUCUUGUAUUACACUGAUGGAAAACCAGAACAAGAUGUUUCCAGUCUGAUUGCCUGCAUUCCUAAUGAAGGAACACUACAGCCUUAUCAGAAAAUGAUGAUUACUCUUUGUUUUAGCCCAAAGCAGCUGAAAAGGGACAGGGACCUUAACAAAAUUCCACCAAGACAAGAUUAUGCUCUCUUUCUGAAGUUUGAAGCUAUAGGAAGUAAAAAUGACUUCUUACAAACAAUGGCUGGUGAUGAUAGACCCGCAAAUGAGAAUAAUCCUCAUCAGGUUGAGUUGGGUUUGACAGGCUCAGGACUUCCGGUCAUGUUGACAUUCAUCCCAGGACCAGUUGUUAAUUUUAUGGAGUGUUUCAUGGGUGAACAUACAGAUGUUCUUUGCACACUCAGUAAUGAAUGUGAUAUUCUUCCAGUAACAUUUGUUUUUCGUAAGAUUGCACAUUAUAACAUUUGUCCUGAAAAGGGAAAAGUAAAAGCAAACUCUACACAGGAUGUGAUAUUUUCAUUUAUUCCACGUCACAUGGGAACCUUCAUAGUGAAGCAGGUGGUAGAUAUCAUUGGUCCAGUGGCAAAGAAAGAUGACUUACCAGCUCUGAAGAUGAAACCUUUUCAUCAGAUACACUUAACUUUUUCUGGUCUGUGCAAGUCUGUAACCAAUAAAGUUGUGCUGAAAACAAACCCUGGUUUAACACCACUGAUUUCCAAUGCAGUGGGAAUAUUUGUAGCUAACAAGAUGGAACAGACCACUGAUGUUGCACCUGUAGCACUUCUUAAAUCAGAUCAGACACAUAUUCAUGCUCACCGGAUAAAUAGAAAUUUGAGCAAUGCAUUGGUAGCUCUUCCUAAUGAUCGUCCAGCGAGCAUAAGACCUGCUGAAUUGCAUAAGGAUUACAGGACUAUUUUCACAAAGGUUGCCAGGUACAGUUAUUUGGAUCCAGAGUUUUCUUACACGGAAUAUGAAGAACUGGAAAAGCAAGUGAAUAAGGAUUACUAUGCAGGCUAUAUUCAGAGUUUAAGACAGCAUCGUUUGCAUAAAAAAACUGCUCGGAUCUUUAAAAUGCUUAAUAAUUCUGUGGAUAUUGGGCUAAAACCAGCAUCGGGCUUGAAAUCACCAAGGAUUAAAAAUUUACAGGAGGAGAAAUUGGAGGAAGAGGUUGCUUGUGUAACAGAAAGUAGCCUAUUAACUAGUCGACAGUUAGCAGAAAUUGAAUCUAAAUCUGCAGCCAGAGAGGUCAAUGAUGGGCUGAACCCUGUACCAAUUUCGCCACAAGAAAUUGAAGACUGUAGUUUAAUUUUGACAGCAAAGCAGCUUCAUCAAAUAAUAAUUGGCCCUUCCAUUAUUGACUUUGGUGAGGUUUGUGUGUGUUCUACAUCUACCAGAAAAAUGCAUCUCAUAAAUAAUCUCCCUGUGCAUAUUUGGAUACAAGUAGGAAUUGACAGUGAGGAACUGCAACAGACCAGUCCUUUGUCUCAUGUCAUGCCACCUUUUACGAAGGCUUACAUUCCAGUUGUGUUUGAGAACAACAAAUUGGGAAACUUCCGAAAGUCUUUCACAUACUCGAUAAAUCAGCAUCACACUGGACAUGUGUUAGUGGUAGCAACAAUAGUACCUGUUGCCCUGGAACUAUCUACAAGGGAACUGACCUUGACUCCUGCCUUUAGUUACUUAGCAGAAACUGGAUUUAGAGCAACAGUCACACUAUACAAUCGCAAAAACUACCCUGCAAAAUUCACCUGGAAGCCUAUAAUCCCAGAUGAAGGAAUGGCAUUUUCCAUAUGCCCAGAGGAAGGUGUUGUAGAAGGCUGUCAAGAUCAAGAGUGUGAAGUGGUUUGGCAUCCAAGUUUUUCUUCUCCAGUAACAGGAGAAUUUGAUUUGUGUGUGCAUCAAGGAAAAACACUUAAACUGAAAUGCUUUGCAAAGCUUGGCACCACCAGUGUUCAGUUUAAGGAGCAAAGGAUCACCUUUAAUCAUGCUCCUCUGCAUUUAACUACCUGCAAGACAGCCAUUCUUCAAAACUUGGGGCACAACCAUGCAUACUUCCAGGUUCUUGAUGCCAAUCCUCUUCCUGGAAUGAUUAUCUCUCCUUUUCAAGGUGUAGUACCUGUGGGAGGCCGCACUGAAAUCAACAUCUACUUCAGACCCAAUGCAUUAAUGAAAUUUGAUAGCAGAGUUGAGGUAGCUGUACGACAUGCAAAAUAUUUGGAACUAAGGAUUGGUGGAUCUGUAGAUGUUCCUGACAUAGAUAUCAGUAUGCACUCCUUUAAUUUUCCUGGUGUUUAUGUUGGCUCUACUCAAGAAAUUCCAUUCAUUAUUGAGAACAAAGGAAAAACACGGGCCAAGGUCACAAUGGAUUUAUCAAGACAUGAAGAUUUUACACUGCGUUUUGCUCUUCAGCCAGAUGUGUUCUAUACACCAGAGACUCCUCAUUUAUAUUCUGCAACUAUAGAAGCAAAUUCAGCUUUGGAAUGUUCACUGAACUUCACACCAAAAGAAAUACCCACACAUCCAAUUCAAGUCCGCACAGCAAACAUAGUCCCGCACUCUGUACAAACGAACGCCAACUCUGGACCUCUCUUCUUCCACGAAGAACACCACCCUCGAAAAAUCCGGAUGACAACGAUGUCGAGGAGGCGUGGGCCGCCAAGGCAGAGUGCAAACCACAGCGGCAGAGAUAGAAACACGCAACGGCAAGGAGAACGGCAGCCACGGCAGCGACGGAAUACAAGCCACCACAGAAAGAAGCGCGGCAACAGCAGCAGCAGCAACGGACAGAAUUGUUUGCUAUUGUGCCUUUGGAAUUUCCCUUUUUAG